AGUUAAUUUUCAAGCAGACUUAUUUGGUAAGACGUUUAACAUGGAAAAGAACAAUAUCGAAAAACCGCGAUCACAAGUUCCGAGAAAGGUUUAUAAAGGAAUUGUAAUGUUUGUAAAUGAGAUAGAGGAAAUCGAAAAGAUGGAUACAAGAGAAGAUGAUAUAUGGAUUUGCACAUAUCCUAGAUCAGGGACAACACUCACACAAGAGCUCGUGUUCUUGAUACAAACACUAGACUUUGAGACAGCCAGUAAAGUUCAACUUGAUGCACGUGUACCUUAUAUUGAAAUCAAAGAUGAUAAAUGACCGCAUUAUAAAGGUAUAAAGUAUGUAGAACAGAUGAAAUCGCCACGUAUGAUCAAAAGUCAUCUUCAUCACUUUCUGUUGCCAGAACAAUUACAGAAUGGGAAAGGAAGAAUUAUAUAUUUGGUAAGGAAUCCGAAAGAUGUCGUAACGUCAUUCUAUAACUUUAUGGCUGAUCAGCUUGUAGAAGGAGACCGUGUAUUUGAGAACUUCUUUGAUGGCUUUGUUAACGGGACUGAAUUUGCAUGUCCGUGGCCGAGACAUGUUUUAGAAUAUUGGAGUCGACGGGAUGAUCCUAAUGUUCCUUUUUUUAGAUUUGAAGAUGUCGUCAAGGAUAAACCUGCUGCCAUCAGACGUAUUGCAGACUUGUUGGGAAGAACACUUACAGAAGAGGAUGUGACAAAAAUUGCCGAUCAUUGUCUUGUUGACAACAUGCGGGUUAAUGACAAAGUGAACUUCUCCUAUUGGAAAGACAUUAGAUAUGUUAACGAAAAUGCAAAGGGAGCACAUAUAAACAAAGGUGAACCUGGUGCCUGGCAUGCCGUUUUGACACAAGAACAAAGUGCAAGAAUUGAUGAAAUGAUGCAUGAACUAGAUGGCUCAGGACUAGAGAUUGUACAUACGUAACAAAUACAGACAUUGUCGUAAUGACCACAUGCUAUUAUGCUGAGUUCCCUUAGCUCAUUUCAGGAUCAUUUUGUUUGGUAGAUCAGCGUUUUGUUUCAGUAAGAAUUACUGUUUUGUAUAUAAGCAUACGGAUGAAUGAAUAAGUUAAAGAUUGAAAAUGUGUAUGCACCUUGUCUCACGAUUUUUAUGGACCGCUUUAAAUUGCUUAUAUUAUAGUUAUAUAACCUGUAUAAAUAAAGUAAACUAUCGUCCUUUUUAAAAACAAUAUAUAUGUAUUGUAUUUUCAUUACAAAACACGCAUUAAUUUCUCGAAAUAUCAUUGGUCUAAACCACAGGGAUCCGUCACGUGCUAUGAUAGAGGGGGAAUAUUUUUAUGUUAGAGGGGAUUUUGUAAAAACAAAUCACCCAUAAAAACAUAAAUAUAGACAAGGGAGGUAUCCUGUGGUCUAAACUAUAUAAAUCACUUAUAUAAAAAAGUCUAUCACGCCCUUGAAAUCCCAAACCGAAGUUGAGAGAUUUUUACGGAGCUUUUGGAUACAAAGAAUGGAAUUUCCUUAUUUAUUUUCUCAUUGUUUUGACUAUUUGUCCCUCACCACUGUGGGUUCGUAACCUAACUUGAGAUGAAGAGAAGGAAGAAAUCCAGCUGACUAACGGAAGGUUUGUGGUUCUACUCAGGUAGCCGUCCUCGCCUGCGAUAAUGCGUAUAGGAAACCCCAACAGCAAAAGCCUUCAUAUAACACCAACGUUUGAAAGUUAAUAUACGCCCUAAAAGCGUGCUAUUUAGACGUUAAACAUAA